CUGCACCCUCCUUCACAUUCCUACCCCUUCAACUCAGUCACUAACAAGCAAAGAUCCGACAACAGCUGCUUACCAUGAAGCUGGUUGUGGUCCUCGUGUUGGCAGCCCUCCCUCUCUACUGCCUUGCAGGUUCUGGAUGCCAGCUUCUGGAGGACGUGCUUGCUAAGGGUGCCGAUCCACAGACAUCUGUGGAAGAAUACGUAGAUUUUAUGAGUGAAUUCCUUGAUAACGACAAGGAGAGAGAAGUUGCAGAAGGGUUGAAGCAGUGUUUCCUCCGUCAGAGCAACGAGACUCUGGCCAAUUUUAUGGUCUUGGAGAAUGCGAUAUUUGACAGCCUGCUCUGUGCUCCUUUUUAACUGUCACAAGACCUAUGGCUUGGUGGAAUCCAGACUAUGGUCCCCAACUUCCUGUAGACUGCCUGAAACCACAACCUUCUCUCUCUUUGAUUAGAAAUCUGCAAGACAAUUGUUGAAACCUGAAGUGCGUUUAAUUUCAAUAAACUUACUGCAGCAAA